AUGGCUACAAGCUCGUUAAAUGCGCGCAAAUUGAGGGCUGACAGCAAAGAGCUCCGCGGAAGAAAUGACUGCAUAUUUAGUGUAAACCGUGGCCCAGUGACAUCUCAAAAACGCGAUAAAUCACAGUUUGAAGAUCAUCGACAAAGGGCGUUUGUUGAAAGUAUGCAGAAUGCAUUUCGUACUAUUUCAUUUCGCUCAGAACCAACCGUUGGAGAAGAGAAUCUCACACGCCGAAGCACUACACGAAAGGCAGGGGAAAUGAUCUCCCAAACUCUAGCACCUGGUAAAACGAACUAUGCCUUGAUGAACAAAAAAUCUGAAGAGCUGGUGCAGAAUUUUGUACCUGAAUGUUACGAGCAUAUAUUAAAUUUUCAUCAUUACCGAAGCGACAUAGCAAGGCUGAAUUCUGGUUUCAAAGUUCUGUACCUUUCUGGUAACAAAGAUGAAGCAGAGAAAGAGACUAAUGUAAGGAGAGUUUAUGGACAAAAGUCAAAGACUUCGAAAGGUAAAGCUUCUAGCAUAAAUAGGCAUUAUCUAAAGCUUCCAGGGAGAGAGUUCACUUCAACGAGGAAGGCAAACACCGUUGCUACGAAGGAGGUUACAUCAUCGCAAAACAUCAAAGGGAAAGGAAGUCACAACUCCAACAAAAAUAACAAAAUGAACUCAAAGGAAAAAUUAACUUCAUUCAGGGCGAGGGUACACAGACAAAAUUUCAUGGCGACCGACGCGAAUUUGAAUACGAAACAACGACAACAUUGUAAAGACGAUCCGAAACAGCCUAAAAUUCAAUGUGAAAAUGAACUGCCUUGUUUUAAACACGGAAAUGCGCCUGUCGAAGAACGUGUAGAAAAUCAGCCCAGUUUACACAGCAUUGCAAGUGAUAUCCCUCCAAACCCACCCAUGACCACUCCAGAAGAUCUAUCCAGAAGAUCUUCGAUCCGAACGCUGGCUUUUGAAGGUGAAGAUGUUUCGGAUGGGAAAAAAGCCACUAUGCCGGCGACACAAACUACAUCCCACCGAAAAGCUGCGAAUCAAAGACAGCACUAUCUAGCACCCUUCCACUCUCGCUUUCCGCAUCUUAAAGCAAGUUCAGCUCCCACUUCUUCAAGUCAAAUGCGACAAAAGAGGUUUGAAGAUUUCACAGCGGUUCCUUCUUGGCAACAAUACCGUAUACUGUGUGAUGCGUUCAGACCUUCGACUGAAAUGAAUUUUUACCAGAAAUUUAAGAGACCCAAGUUUGCUACGGCUACGGAGCUGGAAUAUUACAUCGACAUUGUAUCGGAGACCACAAACGAUUCUUCCCUGCAUAUGUUGUAA